AUGGUUUACCGCCCAAUGUUUAAUGCUGAAAAACUCAUGGCUAGAAGAAAAAUGUAUCCACAUUCUCCAUUCAUCAACGGGCCCCAGUCUAUGAAUAUUACCCAGCCCUUGUCCAGAGCUUCCACUAUCGCUGAAAUUAGUAUCCAAAGACUGUUCCACGACCUGACUAUGCGCAGCUCAGGCUCCCGUUUCCCCAGGUUCCCUGGCAUGCCCUCCAUCCCAGGCUUCCCACGUCCAAAAAGAACGGUUUUUUACUAUUCUACGUGGACAAGAGGCAGCAAGCGCUUGGUGCCUAACUUGAGAAUCUCCAGACGCCAUUUUUCGUCUGCUCCACUGAAGAUCAAGCACAAGACGAAAAACCUUAAAAGCGGUAUUCAAAGACGCUUCUUCUCCACCGAGGCUCGUAAGAAGCGCAGAGAGAAGAGACGCUUCGUCCGCUGGUGGACCUUGACCUCUUUGGUCAUUGUCUUGGGUGGUGUCGCCGCCAAAGUCAGAUACGAACGUUAUCUCGAUGAGGACUACGACGAUGACUACUCCCCCUUUGGAGAGCACUCUGUCAAACCAUCUUCUUGGUCGUUGUAUGCCUACUCGACUUUGCCUUUGAAGACCAUUUCUAGGUUAUGGGGCCAAUUCAAUUCCAUUAAUUUGCCAGUGUGGAUGAGAAGCCCUUCGUACACGCUCUACUCUCGUUUAUUCGGCGUGAAUAUGGACGAAAUGGAUGAACCCGACUUGACAACGUACCAAAACUUGUCUGAGUUCUUCUACCGUCGCUUAAAGCCUGGAGCCAGGCCUUUGGCUGAUACCGAUUUGGUGUCUCCCUCUGACGGUAAGGUCCUUAAGUUUGGCGUGAUUGAGGAUGGUGAGAUCGAACAGGUCAAAGGAAUGACGUACUCCAUUGACGCUUUGCUUGGCUUGUCCACUACUCGUCUUGCUGCUCCAACCCAUUCCUUGGACUUCGACCACAAAGAAGAGCACGAGACUCUCGUCAAGCGUGAUGAGGAGUUCGCCCGUUUGAAUGGCAUUUCCUACUCUAUGGAUGACCUUGUUGGUGGUGAAACCGAAAAGACUCACCAUAUCAAUGAGUUGGAGUACAAGGACGAAGGUGACCAGACUGCGUCAGACCGUAAGCCAUCAAUUGGCAAGGACCUUUCUGUUGCCCAAAACUUGGCACCUACUCCACUUGAGAAAGUAAACCAAAGCUCUCACAGAAAUCUUUACUUCGCUGUGAUCUAUUUGGCUCCAGGUGAUUACCACCGUUACCAUUCUCCUACCAACUGGGUCACAACCUUGAGACGUCAUUUCAUUGGAGAACUUUUCUCCGUUGCUCCGUUCUUCCAGAAGACUUUGCCAGGCUUGUUCGUUCUUAAUGAAAGAGUCGCUCUUUUGGGUUAUUGGAAAUAUGGUUUCUUCUCCAUGAUUCCCGUUGGUGCUACGAACGUUGGAAGUAUCGUUGUUAACUUCGAUAAAGACUUGAAGACUAAUGAUGUUUACGAACACGAGGUUUAUCUGAGAAACUCUAGGGAAUCGUCACCAAGUGAAACAACUGCAUUGCUUGAGGAUGGUAAGAGCAUUUCCCUGGAGUCUACCGACAAUUCAGUCACCAAGCCAAAGAAAUUGAAGAAGAACACUGUUUAUGAGGCGACAUACACCAAGGCUUCUAAGCUUCUUGGUGGAUUUCCAUUGUCGAAGGGAGAAGAGGUUGGAGGAUUUAAGUUGGGUUCCACUGUUGUUUUGGUGUUUGAAGCUCCAGGCAACUUCCAUUUUGACCUUGAGGUUGGUCAAAAGAUCAAAAUGGGUGAAUCUCUCGGCAGAUUCAAGUAG